AAUGUAUAUAAAAUGAAAAGCCAAAAACCCUGGGGGUUGAUGAGAUGGGAAGGGACCAAUCAUCAAUUUAAUACGACUCCGCUCCCGUUCUGAUCAUAUCAUCGUUCAAUCUGCGUAAUCCAUUUCCAUUUUCCAAAUUCCAUAACAGUUGACCUCUCACAUACACUCUCCUUCCAACCCACGUCUCCCUCCUCUCCUCUCUCUCUGCAACUCUCUCAUUGAGAAUUUGGUCGAUACCUUCCCCUACCCUCGUCCCAAACCUUCAACGUCCACCUGCCCCCAAUCCGCCAGAUUCCAAAUUCUCCCCAUUUUCAAGAUUUACUGCUAGGAACAGCCCAGAAGAGCUUUGCACGAUACACUGAAUAAUCAUGUCGUUUGAGGAGGGAGAGGAGCAUUUCGAGCACACCCUUUUGGUUGUGCGCGAAGUUUCCGUCUACAAGAUCCCGCCGCGCACCACCAGCGGCGGCUACAAGUGCGGCGAGUGGCUGCAGUCCGACAAGAUCUGGACCGGCCGCCUCCGGGUGGUCUCGUGCAGGGACCGUUGCGAGAUCCGCCUGGAGGAUCCCAACACCGGCGAGCUCUUUGCCGCGUGUUUCGUCCACCCCGGCCAGCGCGACAGCUCCGUCGAGACUGUCCUCGAUUCUUCACGAUACUUUGUCUUGAAGAUCGAGGACGGCUGCGGCAAGCACGCCUUCAUCGGUCUGGGCUUCGCCGAGCGCAACGAGGCCUUCGAUUUCAACGUCGCAUUGUCCGAUCACGAGAAGUACGUCAGGAGAGAGCACGAGAAGGAGGCCGGCGAGCCCAGCGAUGAUAAUCACAUUGAUAUUCAUCCCGCUGUGAAUCACAGAUUGAAGGAAGGCGAAACUAUCCGGAUAAACGUAAAGAACAAAUCAUCUAGUGGUACCGGCAUGCUUUCAUCUGCUGGUUUGUCAGGAGGGCUUUCUGUUGCUGGAAAGCCAAAAGCACUGGGGCUUGCCCCACCACCUACUGGGCUAGGGAAGAUUAGGUCUCCUCUCCCACCACCACCUAAUGAUCCUGCUGCUUCUCGGAUGACUUCUGCUGGUCAUAUUCUCAAGGGGUCUAAGGAAAAUGUGAAGCGUGCUAAUGAUCCUCUCUCAGAUCUUUCCCAACAUGAGAUCCUUAAUGCUGGCCCUGCUCCAGAGGGCUUCCGAUCUUUGAGAAUGAAGGAAAUUGUCAGGUUGAGGAAUAGGUAACUAGUGUUAAAGAUGAUGCUAUUUUGCUCACUUUUGCCUUUCCAGCGAAGGAAUCUAGUGAAAAGGAUAUUGAAGCUCCAGAUCUUAUGGACAUGGUGGGCAUUUGGUUAUGGGCUCAGGAAGUUAAGAUUGGAUUGUGGGAAGAGUAAGCUGAAAAAGAGUUUGAAAUGUUGUAUAGAAUAUGAUGGGAAGAGAAUUAAUCUCUUUGAAAUGUUCUAUACUCCUAUAAACUGAGAUGGGAAGUUUUUGAAAAGAAGAUCUUUGACUUAUUUGUGUUAGGUUUUUUUUGUUUUUAUUUUUUUUAUUUACUUUUAGGUUUUAUUUUUUUGAGGUUGUCGUCCCCUCGCCUGGUUUUUAAUUUGUUUUCACUUAAUAAAUUUAUUUGGUUAUCAAAAAAAUUUUAGCAAAAAAAAAAUGUUAUUUAUAUAAAUAUUUGACCCAAUAAAAUGUAAAAUGUAAAAUAUAUUUUGUAUAUACAUAUUAUAUCUUGCAGUUUGGUUCUAUUUGCAAUUUAUAUAUAGUAAAAUGUAAAUAAAGAUAUAUAUUACCAAAAAAAAAAGUAAAAUGUAAAAUAUCUCUUAUAUACACAUAUUAUUGCUUGCUAUUUUCCUUUGUCCAAGUAAUCAAGAUGAACCAAACUGUGCUGUGUUUUGAAGCGAAUUAGACUAAAAAUUGCAGUUUGGUCUGAUUUGGUUUAUGGUUUAAAAGAAAUGGUGCACACCAAUAGUCCCUCUUUCAAGCUGUAGAUAAAAAAAAAGUAUUUUUUUUUUGUUUUUUGCAAUCUCCUUUAGAGUCAAAUCUGGCCAAAUUGUGUACUAGACUGAAAAUUGUGGUUUGGUUCAGUUUGUUUACAGUUUAAACUGAAUAAUGCACACCACUAGUCCAUCUUUUGAUUGUAGAUAAAAGACUAGAGUAUGAAUAUCUAAAGUUAUAUAUAAAAUUUUAUAUUUUGUAAAAUUAGAUGCAAGGACACAGCAAAUCUUUGAAAAAUAAUGCAUGAUAUGACAUGAGUGCUCUAAUUUAUACUGUGCAAAAUGUUAAAUUUAAUAUUGAUAUCACAUUGUAUAUAAAAAAUCUAAUAAAUUCUUAGUACAUGACUUCUUCCAAAUAAUGAGUUUAUUGCAAUUUCUAAAUUGUAAUUUGCUACCUAGAAUUUUUAUAAUUGUUAUUUUUUUUAUUUACUUAAUGAUUGAUUAAUGAGUUUUUAUUUUAAAUAUGUUUAAAUUAUAUUAUUUUAAGGGUACUUCUAGGUCAUCAAUUUUAUUUUAAAAUUUUAUUGUUAGGCAGUUAUGUUAUUAUUUAUCUCAAUGACAUUAGAUACUUCACAAUAAUUUUAGAAGACUUGAGAAGAAUUUACCUAUUUUAGGUUUAGAAAACAACAACAAGAGGCCGCAAGUCAAUUAGAUGCGGUCGGCUAUAUGAAUAUUUUUUGCCAAUUUAUCUGAUCGAGUUCAUUUUCCUUUGUUAACUUAAGAGUUAUUAAAUCCUUCCUCACUGCCACAUUCCAAGUCAUAUUAGGUCUUCCCCUACCCCUUUUCAUACCAGAAACAAUGACUAACUCCUCCUCACAUGUGAUCACCUAGGCCUGUGUUUCAAAUACCCAAAUCAUAUAAGCUGCUCCUCCCUGAUCUUGUCUUCGACUAGUGCUCUGCUUAGUUUAUUGUGUAUAUGCUUGGUCCUUAUUUUAUCUUUUAGUGUUAUACCCCUCAUCCACCUUAACAUUCGGAUUUUGGACAACAUUUUCUUUUUGUGCAUGUUGUAAAAAAGUAAAAUAAAUUAUGUUUAUGUUAUUUUUUAAUCAAAUUGAUAUUUUUGGGUUCAAACCUUAACCUAUUUAAAAUAAACUUUCUAAAUGCAAUUUCAUCCAAUUUUAUUGAAUCUCAUCUCUUUUAGAAAUGAUUUGCUCCUACAUUUAAAAGAUAAUAAUAUUUUUUCUCUACAAAAUAAUUUAGAGUAUUUGUACUUCAUAUAUGGUAUGUAUAUGUACUAGUUUUUUCUUAAAACUAAAAUGGAGUUUCUUCCUUAGGGUCAAACAUUAACUUAUUUAAAAUAUACUUUCUAAAUGUAAUUUCAUCGAAUUUUAGUUGAACUUACAUUUUUUUAAGAAUGCUUUGUCUUAUUUUUGAAAUAGAAGCAUACUUUUAUCCACAAGAUGAUUUUCAUUGUUCGUACUUUUAUAUAUAAAAUAUAGAUUGUUGCCGUCCUCAUCGUCAUCACUAUUAUUAGUACUAAUAUUCUUUAUUAUUAUUAUUAUUAUUAUUGUUAUUUGUAGUAGUAGUAGUAGUAGUAGUACUGCUGCUAUUAUUAGUUUUGUAGCCUGGGUUGCAUGUGUGUUGAUGCUUCGUGUGUAGUCUUAUAUGUGAUAAUUAUCAUCUUCUUGUUGGAGCAAAGCUGCUUAUUACUUCAAUCUGGCAGCAUGAAACCAUUGUAAUGGGUUUAUUCUUCAUAUGUGCUGCACUUCAAUGAACUGUUUUAUGAAUGCACAUGCUUCUCUGGUCAAACACUUGGCAUUAUUAAUCAGUUUGUGUUUUACCAAGACUGAAGAAGCAUUUUUAGAAGCGAGCAAUUAUGUUUAUUGUAUAUUUGCAGAGGAACCUUCCUUCUACAGCUGGAUCAGUAUCAACUAAGACCACAGCAUCAGGAUGGGCUGCUUUUUGAAUUUGCAAGGAGGAUGUGUUGGAUAUGACUAAGAUCUUCAUUUGUUGUUUUCUUUGGAAAGAAAGAGAAUGAAAAAAAAAAAAAAAAAAAGGAGAAAAGAAAAAUGAACAAAGCGUGGAAGCAUGAGGCACCAAAUGUUUUGAUGCUGAGAAAUAAUGUUUACUGGAGUAUGUUGAUAUGUAUCUUUGUCCUGCUUGAACUCAAUUUUAUUUAUAUACAGAGAAAUUUAUUUUUUCCUUUUUUGAAUUUUGGUUGAAUGAAGAUGCAAAUUGUGGAUGAUUGAGGAGCAUUGUACAUCUAUGGCCUCUCUUUCAGCCUGAGAUGAGAUUUGCACCAAAAAAUGAGCUUCAUUGUGACUGAAGAACUGAUUUUAGCUUUCGUGGGCUCUGUUUCAGCAUAGAAGUGUAUCUCUUGUUGUACAGGUUCUGGCCCUUCUCCAGUGAUUCAGGCAUAUAAGAACAUUGAAAACCCUGAAUCAUUUCAUAUAAUGCUCUGUUCAAUAUAAUUUGUCAUGCACAUGGAUCGAACCCAUUGAAGGUGUUGUAGUUUGAGGUUCCAUUUCUUGAAUGAUUAUUGCAUAUAUUUAAUGCCCUC